GCGUGGUCGAGGGGGGCGGGAUUGGCUGGAGUUGGCGAAGUGAGGAGGUGGGGAGGCGUGCGUGGGUGUUCCACGGCGCGGUUGAGGGACGAGCGUUUGUCGAGGAUUCGGAACAUCGGGAUAUCCGCGCACAUUGACAGCGGGAAGACGACGUUGACGGAGAGGAUAUUGUAUUACACCGGGAGGAUCAAGGAGAUUCACGAGGUAAGGGGAAAGGAUGGGAUAGGGGCUAAGAUGGAUUCGAUGGAUUUAGAGAGGGAGAAGGGGAUAACGAUACAGUCGGCAGCGACGUUUGUGAAGUGGAAGAGGCACCACAUCAACAUUAUUGACACGCCUGGACACGUGGACUUUACGAUUGAGGUGGAGAGGGCGUUGAGGGUGUUGGAUGGGGCGGUGUUGGUGAUAUGUGCGGUGGGGGCGGUGCAGAGUCAGACGUACACGGUGGAUCGCCAGAUGAAGAGGUACAACGUGCCUCGGAUAGUGUUUAUCAACAAGUGCGACAGGUUGGGGGCGGAUCCGUGGAGGGCGGUGAGGCAGUUGAGAGAGAAGUUGAAGUUGAAGUGCGCGGCGGUGCAGGUGCCGAUUGGGUUGGGGAGUGGGAUGGUGGGGCUGGUGGACGUGGUGUCGGAGAGGGCGUACGUGUUUUUGGGGGAGAAUGGGGAGAAGGUGGAGGAGGUGGAGGUGCCAGAGAAGGCGAAGUCGCUGGUUGCAGAGAAGAGAGAGGAGUUGUUGAGUGAGUUGGCGGACGUUGACGAGGAGGUGAUGGACAAGGUGUUAGACGGGAAGGCGGUUGGGGAGGACGAGAUUCGAGCGGCGAUUCGUCGGUGUUGUAUUGCGAACAAGUUUGUACCGGUUUUUAUGGGGUCGGCGAUAAAGAACAAGGGCGUGCAGCUGCUAUUGGACGGCAUUUCUGAUUACUUGCCCUGUCCGGCGGACAUGGAGACGGUUGCGCUGGACGUGUCGAACGAGGAGAAGGAGGUGAAGUUGUCGGUGGACGCUGCUAGUUCGUUGGUGGCGUACCCGUUCAAGCUGAAGGACGACCGGUUUGGCCAGUUUACGUGGGUGCGCGUGUAUCAGGGGACGUUGAAGAGGGGGGAUUCGGUUAGUUCGCUGUCGUUGGACAAGAAGGUGCGAAUAUCUCGCCUCGUACGAAUGCACUCGGACGAAAUUGAGGACAUUGACAGGAUUGAGGCGGGCGAUAUUGCGGCGAUUAUUGGCCCGGAGAUGCCGAUAGGGAUCACGUUGACGCACGGAGCGCAGAACUUGGUGAUGUCCUCGAUGCACGUGCCGGACCCCGUGAUUAGCUUUGCGAUAUCGACGAAACAGAAGGACCAAGACAAGCACCUGAUGAAAGCGCUGCGCCGGUUCCAGAGCGAGGACCCGACGUUUACCGUUGUGCAGGACCCGGAGACUAACGAAAUGCUGAUAUGCGGUAUGGGAGAGCUGCACUUGGAGAUAUACAUUGAGAGGCUGAGGCGCGAGUACGGCGUACAACUUUCAGUGGGCCGACCCCGCGUGGCCUACCGCGAGACGAUCACGGACCGCGGGGACUUCGAGUACUUGCACAAGAAGCAGACGGGCGGGCAGGGCCAGUUCGCGAAGGUCUGCGGGUAUCUGGAGCCCAUAGAAGAGGAGGAAGGCAUCACGAAGGAGUUUAUCGAUCACAUCGUCGGGGGCUCGAUUCCGCCUCAAUACGUGCCGGCGGUGAUGAAGGGAUACGAGGAGAUGAUGCAGCACGGUCCUCUAUGCGGUUUUCCCGUCACGGGCGUCAGAAUGGUCGUAGACGACGGCGCCUAUCACGCCGUCGACUCGAGCGAGUUGGCGUUCCGUAUCGCCACUCACGGCGCGUUCAAGCAGGGAUUCGAGCGCGCCGGACCGCAAAUCCUGGAGCCUUGGAUGGUCCUCGAGGUAACCGCGCCGGCGGAGUUCCAGGCCGUCAUCAUCAACGGCAUCACGCGAAGAAAGGGCCAAAUCGUCGAAACCUUCUGCGACGAAGAGCUGCUCACCAUUCGCGCCAGCGUCUCCCUCUCCUCCAUGUUCGGGUACUCCACCGAAAUCCGCUCCUCCACGCAGGGAAAGGCCACCUUCACCAUGGAGUACGAGAAGCACCAGCCCGUCUCGAAGGACGAAUUCUCGAAAAUUAAGGAAAAAUAUAAGGAGUGCGCGAAGCAGUUUUGUUAGGCGCUCUUUUU